UAUGUCAGGAGUACAUUUGCAUAGAUAUCCGCCCCCAAUGCUUUCGUUGCGUAGUAGUACAACACAAAACACCUUCACAGUUCUCAAAGUUCAGUAUUCCAGAGACUGGACCUAGUUAGUUUACUCUGCUACAAUAUUUUAGUGAUAAAAGUUCGCACGCGCGCACUCAUCUAACCAAAGUUUUUACCUGGGUGGAAUUUAUUCUUCGCACUCGCAGCAAGAUGUCUAUUCAGAAUACCCCCACGUCGUCCAGGACCGUCAGCGUCUCGUCGGACCCAGCCACCACAGUUCUAUCGCCGGGUCAAUACAUCGACGGUUACAGAACUAUGAGUGUUUCGUCUGCUCCGGUACAGUAUGGCAUCGGUAAUGGCUACGAUACCGUGCGCUACCUGAUGCCCGUUCAGCAGGCGAUUCCGCAGCAGCAGAUGCAGUAUGUGCUGGUCAACCAGCCCCCCCAGGUUAUGCAGCAGAUGGUGUCACCUGUAUAUUUGCAGAAUAUCCAGAGGGUCCGUGUAAAUAGUUUGGAAGAAUCAGACAUCUACAGAGAACAAAUUGUAGAGAACGUCAAUGGGAAAACCCCUUCUGUAUUUAGCCAGAUGUCUAGCCCCAUCAAGAGCCCUGAGCCUAGUGUUGAAGAGGAGGAGGAGGAGGUGGAGGAGGUUAAAGAGGAGAUGGUGAACAUCGUUAAGGAGCAGGUAGUGAAGAGGGUGAUAGAGAGCGUGUCUCAGGUGGGGAUAAAGAGUGAGGUGAGGGAGGUAGAGCCCGUGGUGAAGAUGGACACACGUUUCUUCGGAGAGCUGCUGGCGGAGGUUUACAGGAAGAACUGUGACAUCCACACCUGCAUCUCAGAACACGUGGCCAAGAUACGUGGAAGGAAACACCUCUUAGAUCCCAGUAAUGACUACAAGGUAGAGAGAGAGGACAUUGAGGCCCUGAUCCCCAAAGGAGCAUCUGAGUUGACCAAACAGCAGCUCCGCUACCUGCUGCAGACCCGUAUGACAGCAGACAAGACCAUGCGUCUCCUUCUGACUACCUUCAGUAGUCUGAGGGAGGAGCUGAUCCACAUGUCAGAGGACCUGAGGCGUCUGGAGAGUGAGAAGGAGUCCCUGGAGAGAGACCUGAGCUUCAAGGCUGACCAGGCUGAGCAGUAUGACCGCCUCCUAGAGGCCCUACGAGAGAACAACAGACAGCUACAGAUAUCUCUGAAGGAGACCAGCUCCAGCCAGCGGACCCUGGAGACUCAGCUCCUGAGCAGCCACACUACAGACACAAACAGGGACUUCCGCAUCAAAGAACUGGAGGGCAGCUACCGAGCCCUGGAGAAGGAGAAUGAGAUGCUCAAACAGAAGUUGGCUGGCCAGUACAGCAGUAGCACCUUUCAGAUGAAUACAGAGGAGCUGUCACGUCAGUACUCAGAGCAGCUAGCUGCCCUUGCGCCAGGAGAAGGACAAGGAACUGCAGAGCCUCAGGACCCAGCUGACGCGGAUCACCACAGAGUACACCAUGGAGAGGUCAGGUGACAAGAGCCUGCAUCUCCGCAUUACACAGCUGCUGGCAACACUGGAGCAGCGGGAGGUUGUCAUCAAACGCCAGGAAGAGGAGAUCUGGCGGUUGCAGCAGGAGAAGAGAGACAGCUCCAAGAACGUCACCACGACCACUAUCACCAAAAGGUACAGGAACCAGUACCCCCUCCUGGGCCUGCUAACUGAUGACUACAAUUCCACAUCGCCCGUCAAGGAUACCAAGACCAUCGUAAUCGAGAGCCGGACGGGGGAGAUGAUCAAACAGGAAAUCAUUACAACCCCUUAAAGACACUGCUUCUCUCGGACAAAUUACAACCCCUUAAAGACACUGCUUCUCUCUGCUCUGCACAGGAAUGAACGACAAGAAGACCUUGACACCCCCCCCCCAGCAUGCUUCCCUCUCCCCGUCCCUCGUCCUAGAGGCUCCCAGGGUGGUGGUGGCAGGGGUUCAGCGCCCCAAUAUAUGGGAUGGGUGGUUUGGACCAAAUGGGGUUUGCUUGGACAGGAGGCUUCACUUUGGUUGGGAUGGGGGGGCAUCAAAUACUCAACAACCAAAUAAGUUAUAGUAGUAGCUUAGCGGUUAAGAGUGUUAGGCCAAUAACCGAAAAGGUUGCUGGUUCGAAAUCGCUGAGCCAACUAGGUGAAAAAUGUGUCUGUGCCCUUGAGUAAGGCACUUAACCCUAAUUUCUCCAGUAAGUCGCUCUGGAUAAGAGCGUCUGCUAAAUGACUAAAAUAUAAAAUGCUUAUGCUACAGCCAGGAGGGCUGGGGAGGGGACAGGGAAGAGGGGGCUGGUGCUUAUUAGUAUGCAGCUCACUAGUGUGUCUGUCCACCACUACCCUGCUAGUCUUUAGGACAUCUCCUCUAAUUGUGCUAUGGUGAUAGUAUGGUUACUAUGCAUAUAAAUAAGGAAGCUAAAUAUGCUUUAAUUAUGUGCUAAUUAAAGAGACUGUAUGGUAAAAUUUGCUUUGGGAGAUGUAAAAAAAAAAAUCUGCCUCUGCCUCUGUUCUGGUCUUUUGCUUUUCUUUUGUGACAAGGUAAUGGUACAUUGUUGUGUUAUGUUUCAGCUGCAUUUUGUUUCAUGUUUGUACCUUAAGAGGUGCAUGGGUAUGUUUUGUUGUUGUUAUUGAAUGGAACGCUGCGCUUGGGGUUGGGGAGGGGGGUUGGAGUGGGGUGUAUUAGAAUAUGAAUGACUGGGUUGGACAUGGCCUGGGGCAUGGUUCUAUGGAUGAUAUAAACUGGUGGAUGAACUGAACAUUUUAAAAGUACAAUAAACAAUGUAUGGAGUA